GCAGUUUAUAUCGUUUAUGAACGCAAAAUAUUAAAGCAAAAUAAAUGGUUCAAAAAAGCUGUGACACCGCUUAUUUUUUAUUUCCUACCGAUUACAGUUAUAGAUAUUCCAAUUGCAGCGACUGCUAUUGCUUUAUUCAUUGGUAUGGACUAUAAAAUUAUAGGAAUUAUAUCAUUAAUUAAUAAUAUUUCCUUAAAGAUUCGUACAACAGUGAUGGUUUCAUGUACAAUUUUCGUUUUACCACCAUUUCGUAAAGCUUUAUUUAAUUUAUUGGGUAUUAAACGUCAUCAAAACAUUGCU